GUCGAAUCUGGUAUUUCUGGUCCCUCCUGGCUUUCCGUUCUCCAGGUCGGGUUGACGGAGUUGCCCUGGGCCGCCAUAUUGAGUAAGCGGCCAGGCCUCUGAAGGGGUCAGUGAGGUGCAAACAGUUCUGCAGAGCAGCUUCGGCGGCUCCGGAGAAAAGGAAUAUGUUAAGAAUACCUGUAAGAAGGGCCUUACUAGGCCUUUCUAAAUCUUCACAAGGAUGUGUUAGAACAACUGCUACAGCAGCAAGCAACUUGAUUGAAGUAUUUGUUGAUGGUCAGUCUGUCAUGGUGGAACCAGGAACUACUGUCCUCCAAGCUUGUGAGAAGGUUGGCAUGCAGAUCCCUAGGUUCUGUUAUCAUGAAAGAUUGUCUGUUGCUGGAAACUGCAGAAUGUGCCUUGUUGAAAUUGAGAAAGCUCCUAAGGUUGUAGCUGCUUGUGCCAUGCCAGUAAUGAAAGGUUGGAAUAUCCUGACAAAUUCUGAGAAGUCUAAGAAAGCCAGAGAAGGAGUGAUGGAGUUCUUACUAGCAAAUCACCCACUGGACUGUCCUAUUUGUGAUCAAGGAGGUGAAUGUGACCUGCAGGACCAGUCCAUGAUGUUUGGAAGCGAUAGGAGCCGAUUUUUAGAGGGAAAACGUGCUGUGGAAGACAAGAACAUUGGACCGUUGGUAAAGACCAUCAUGACGAGAUGCAUACAGUGUACUCGCUGUAUCAGGUUUGCAAGUGAGAUUGCAGGAGUAGAUGAUUUAGGAACAACAGGGAGAGGAAAUGAUAUGCAAGUUGGUACAUAUAUUGAGAAGAUGUUCAUGUCUGAACUCUCUGGGAAUAUCAUUGAUAUCUGCCCUGUAGGUGCCCUGACCUCCAAACCCUACGCCUUUACCGCCCGGCCUUGGGAAACAAGAAAGACAGAAUCCAUUGAUGUGAUGGAUGCAGUUGGAAGUAAUAUUGUGGUAAGCACAAGAACUGGAGAGGUGAUGAGGAUUUUGCCAAGGAUGCACGAAGACAUCAAUGAAGAAUGGAUCUCUGAUAAAACCAGGUUUGCCUAUGAUGGGCUAAAACGUCAGAGACUUACUGAGCCGAUGAUCAGAAACGAAAAGGGGCUUUUAACCUUCACCUCCUGGGAGGAUGCACUUUCUCGUGUAGCUGGAAUGUUGCAGAGUUUUAAAGGUAAAGAUGUGGCAGCAAUUGCAGGUGGCUUAGUGGAUGCUGAAGCUCUAGUAGCUCUCAAGGACUUACUGAACAGAGUAGACUCCGACACUCUGUGCACUGAAGAGGUCUUCCCCACCGCAGGAGCAGGCACAGAUUUACGCUCCAAUUAUCUUCUAAAUACUACAAUUGCUGGUGUAGAAGAGGCAGAUGUCGUCCUCCUGGUUGGUACAAAUCCCCGUUUUGAGGCACCACUAUUUAAUGCUAGAAUUCGGAAGAGCUGGCUUCAUAAUGACUUAAAAGUGGCCCUUAUAGGAAGCCCAGUGGACCUCACUUACAGAUACGACCACCUGGGAGACUCCCCAAAAAUUCUUCAGGACAUUGCUUCGGGUAGCCAUCCAUUCAGCCAGGUCCUAAAGGAAGCUAAAAAACCAAUGGUGGUUUUAGGCAGUUCUGCACUCCAAAGAAAUGAUGGGGCAGCAAUUCUUGCAGCCGUUUCCAACAUUGCUUACAAGGUUCGGAUGAGUAGUGGUGUUACUGGUGAUUGGAAAGUUAUGAAUAUCCUUCAUAGGAUCGCAAGCCAGGUAGCUGCUUUGGAUAUUGGAUAUAAACCUGGGGUGGAAGCAAUUCGGAAGAAUCCUCCUAAAGUACUGUUUCUCAUGGGAGCAGAUGGAGGUUGUAUCACUCGACAGGAUUUGCCAAAGGAUUGUUUCAUCAUUUAUCAAGGACAUCAUGGUGAUGUUGGAGCACCGAUGGCUGAUGUUAUUCUCCCAGGAGCUGCUUAUACAGAGAAGUCUGCUACUUAUGUCAACACUGAGGGAAGGGCUCAGCAGACUAAAGUAGCAGUCACACCUCCUGGCUUGGCAAGAGAAGACUGGAAAAUUAUAAGAGCCCUCUCUGAGAUUGCAGGUAUCACUCUUCCAUAUGAUACUCUGGAUCAAGUAAGGAAUAGAUUGGAAGAAGUCUCUCCUAAUCUUGUUCGAUAUGAUGAUGUUGAAGGAGCUAAUUAUUUCCAGCAAGCAAUUGAGCUCUCCAAGUUAGUGAACCAGCAACUUCUUGCUGACCCUCUUGUUCCACCUCAGCUAACAAUAAAAGACUUCUACAUGACAGAUGCAAUUAGCAGAGCCUCACAGACCAUGGCCAAGUGUGUCAAAGCUGUUACAGAGGGUGCCCAGGCAGUAGAGGAGACAUCCAUAUGCUGAAACAUCUAGUAGGAACCCAGUUUUACUACAAAUAAUGGACACUUAUAUUAGAAUAAUCUCAGAGGUUUAUCUCUUUAAAAAUUAGUCCUAAUGAUGUAAUAUUUAAGGUUCUACGGUGUUUCUUUGAAAACUAUACUGUAAUUAGCAGAGAACUUUGAGGUUUCAAACACACACAUAUGUAUUCUGUGCAACAUUGUUAAGUGGUUUAAUAAACAUCUGUACUCAUGCUCACUCAUGUAAAAGCAUUGAUGUUGCGGCAAAUACAAACACUUAAAAUAAUGAUUUCUUCUAAGAUCACUAUGGUUUUGAAAUGGCGAAAUAAGAAGAGCUUCCAUUAGACCAUUAGAAUUUUGUUUCUAGUACUGAAGAAAAGAUUUAAAUAUUUUUGUCAAGCUGAAUAGGGAAAUAUAGUGAUAUGUCAGAUAUGUGUUGGACACUGAGUAAUCAUAGUAAUGAGAGCUAAUGGUUAUUGAGCGUUUUCUGUAUGCUAAGCACUGAGGUCUUGCAUGUAUCAACUUGUUUUAUCCUUGCUACAUCCCUAGUGCUAUUUCAUUGCACAAAUAAACUGAAGCCCAGUUUAUUAGGCAGCUUGCCCAAGACCACACAGCAAAAAAGUCAGACUCAAACCUAAUUUUCUCAGUCUCCGCAGCCCAUUCUUUUUAAAUGAUAUAUAUAAUUUACUCCAUUACCCAUUAAUAUUGAUUCAGUAGGUGUUACAUCUAAGAAAUAAUAUUGAGAAGCUUAAUAGGUAACACAUUUUCUAUUUUUUUUUAAUGUUUACAUAAUGUCAUUGUGAUUUAUAUGACAUUUUUCUUUGUGUCAUAGAUUACAGACACACCCUUGGAAUGAGGGCAGUUUCAAGAGAUAAUUUGUCUCACUGUUUCAUAUUCAUUAUGUUAACACCAACUCUAGAAUUAAAUUAACGAAAUUGUUCCAAUAAUACAAGAUAAAUCUAACAGCUUUUGUAAUUUUCAAUUAAGACAGGGAAGUAAAGAUUUUUUUCAGCUUUAUUCUAAAGGUAUUAAUUUUUUAUCAAAACCUGUUUUUUGAAUCCUUUUAUAUAAUUCUGCUUUCACUACAGACUUAACUAUAGCAUACAAGUUUCCUUAUAUAGUAGAGAAUAAGGCUUUUAAAAUACUAUGUCAUCAGUAUCUAAAAGUUGUACAUAAUUUGUCACCUAUAACAGCCUUCUCGGAACUGUUUAGUUUAUCCACGUUAGUGCUCUGUCUUAAAGUUGUAUACAUUGCUUAAAUUCUCAGUUACCUAAAAUACAAACUUCCUGAAAGUAUUUGAAUUCAGUACAAACUUCCUAGCUCUCUGUUUUCUUCACCCCUUAGCACUGUUGGCUGUCCUCAAAGGCACAUACCCGCCCAGUUUUGUAUUUUAUGCAGAACUCUACACCAAAUGUGUGCAGACUUCAUAGGAUUGUUUGCAUGAGGAUAUUGCACUCAAAUGGAUAGAAAGAGAAACAUGCCUGAACUGGCCCUGGGUCCUUGAGCAGCAUGUAUGAACUGUAAAUACCAUGUUUGAGGUUAGUAAUAUUCAAUAAACGUGUUGGUUUUUAUAUAAACAUGAAAAUUUA